UAAAAUCAAUGUAUGCAAUAGAACAAUAUGGGUUUAAUAAUUAAUAUAUAGCUAUGUAACAAAAAGGGUAUAAAAACAUGUCCAUCUCGAAUCCAUGUCGGAGUCAGAUUUGGGUUUGUACCCCUGAUUCCCAGAGCUCUUCAAUAAAAGCACCUGCAUAUAAUCAUCCUGUGAUUAUGUGUUUCUACACUAACACUAUGACUUUGCAUCUGUCAUUUCCAUAAUUUUGUAUCUUUCAGAGGAAGCAGCACGGUUCAUUUGAACUAAGCCCUUCCUUACACAAGUUGUGUGAGAGCUCUGCCUGCUGUGAAUGCAUGAAGUGAAGAAUUGAACUGCUAUGGAAAGUGCACACUAUUUAACUACAUUUCAGGAAAACAGCUAGUAUAUAUGCUCAUUUAUGAAGGUUAGUGUGGAUGCCAUUGAAACCUCAGGCUCAAAAUGGCGAGGGCUUGAAACAUUUCUCAGGCAGGGAAGCUUUCCCAGGCUGAGACAGUUUCUCUCUCAUGCAGAGGAGGUUUUCCCAGGCUGAGACAGUUUCUCAGUUCCAGCCUGAGCCUUUCCCAGGGUGAUAACGCUGGGGAAAAAUAAAAAGGAAUUAAUAACAAUACUAACACCUGUGCUUCAAUGAUAAACAGUUCUCACGGUUUGUGAGAAAGUUUUGUUUUCUUCGAUUAUCCAAUAGACUGCUGUUCUGUUUGUAGUUUGCGGAACACGCUAUAAGAAUGUGGUCCGCAGUUCAAUAAACCGCUUCUUUAGCCACCUAGCUAAAGGAGUCCGUGUCGUUAUUUCUGCGAAAUACAUCGCGGGUAGCGACAUUUGGAGGUCCCACCGAGAUCGCCUUUCAUUGGAGCAGCGCGAUCGGGACCGGCUUUGGAGCCUCGGAUCGGCGAGCGAAGUCCCGCAGCCCGCGGAGCCCCUCAGCGCCAGGCCGAGAGAUCCCGCAGCCCGCGGAGCCGAGCGCCGAUCAAGCCCGGACGGGGAGAGCCGCGGACUGUUCUCCUUCCCUGCGAGAGAGGUACUGCGCUUUCCCCCCUCCCUCCCAGCAUAGCGGCUAGGUGGGAAAUUCCGGGAUGAUGGGGAAUCAGCAGUCUAAGCAAGAACGAACCAUACUCUCACUAUGGAGGGACGUUCUUGAAGGCUUGGAUGCCCCAAUCCCAGAUCAGGACUUGGUAACUUUAUUGGAGUGGGCAAAAGAAAGAGGAUUCCCUGAGGACGAAGGCGUGGCUUUCUCUGAAAAAGCUUGGCGAGAACUAGGGGAUCGAUUGUAUGAAGCUGUAUGUGACGGGGAACCCUCAGCUGUUUCUAUAAUAAAAACCUGGGGGACCAUCAAUGUAAAAUUGAUGGAGGGGGAAUCAGACUCUGAAUGGAGCGAAACAGGACAAAGCGGGGACGAGUUUGACUGGUACCCGGAAAAACCCCCGCAGCCGGAGUCGCCCCCCCAAAAACCCCCGAGGGCGAAGCAUUUGUUGUUUAAUAACUACGUUCCGGGCCCUCGAUCAAAAUACUUUUUAGACGAACAAAGCACCAGCAGCGCGGGACGACCCCCCCCCAGCCGCUCCGCAGCACGUCGAGGCAUUCAUCCCCAGGGGGGCGGGAUCGCAACGGGAACAGAGACAGUCACUCGCUGACGUCACCACACCCACCGCCCCUCCAUGGCCGGCAGAAGCGGCCCAAACGCCCGUUAUCCCGAUCGAUGUUAUCGAGCAGUUACUCGUGGCGGCCGCAACAGGUCGGUCAGCGGCUUUGCGCGCGGCGUUGCUGCCUUACGCGGCUGCCACCUCCGCGGAAUCGCGGCGGAUCGCGGGCGGCCCGGCCGUGGGGGCGGGCCCCGUACCGUCUGCGGGCCCGCCCCCGGGGGCAGGGCAGCAGACACCGCCGGCCGUGCGGGCGGCAGUGCCGCCCCCUGAGCGGCGGUCAACGUUCAGUUCCGCGAUCCCGGAAGUUCCGGGUUCCCCCGCCGAUCGUUUCGGGACGAUGUUACCCCCCACCUCGUCUGUACGGCCGCGUCCUGCCGCGCUGACGACGGCUGGUGCCACCGUUCCUGCGUCUUCAGCAGUGCCAGAGGCUCCCAUGAUGUCUCCCGGCCGGCACGGAUCGCCGCCAUCGCUGCGGUCCGGCGCCGUGGAUGCCGGCGACCUGCACCCCCCCCGCCGGAGGCGUGGUCUCGUGUAGACCAGCAGGCUUGGCAGAAAUCCCCACGGGUUUUGGGAGACGGUCAGGAUGGGAGCAUUGGAAAAGGGGGAUUGGGAUCUCUUAGAGAAGGUUGCAGCGGCACAUACCCUUUCGGGCAAAGUAAGCUAACUCAUUUCCUUCAAGGCUUUUCAGUGGAGAAGGGAAGGUGUAUAUGAUAGUGAACAUCAGCAUAUGAGGAAACACACAAUGUGCUAAAGUUCUCAGGCAUUGCACGAAAAAUGCUGGUGAAUCUGGUAGAAGAGCUGACGUACAAACUUAUUACUGAAAAGAAAAAUAAUUUACUGCUGGAAAUGAAAAUUCAUGAAGAAGUGAUGCAUUAUUUUCUUCAGCGGGAAGCGGAUUUCAAAGAGUGCCUUGCUCAAGAACGAGCACAUCUUGAAGAAGAAAAUUCUGAACAAUUCCUGGAAAUCUUCAAGGAGCAUGCAAGUAGUUCCACUGAAAAUGCAGAUGAAAGAAGUGAAUCACAAGAUGGGCCUUUCAGUUAUCAAGCUGCAUCUCUGAUGGCUGCUUCACAAUCUGUUACAAAAGAAUACCCCUCAAGAAGGCAGGAUUCUACUCGAAAUCAAAAGUCAGCUAAGAAGAAACAAGGGAGACUACAGAAAAUUGGCAAUUUUUUCCAAAGUUCCAGUACUGUUAUUUACUCUAAAGCCAAGAAGCUUAUUGAGACAAUAAGCUCUCCCGAAACUACAGAACCAGAAAAUGUCAAAGAAAAUGAAAAUAUUCUCAGGCCAAAGCGAGCUAAAAGAAGGCUGCGUACGACUGACAUUUCUUGCCCUCUGGAUAGCCCUGGUUCUUCAAUCUCUGUAGAACCAAAAGAGAAUGAAAGUGAUCUGUCCAAGGAGCAGAGCCCUCUGCAGCCCGGGCAGCGAUUGCAGCUCCGUGCCCGGCACCUGCAGCUGCCCCUGGCGGCCCCCGCUGCCCCGAGGGCGGCUGCUCUCACUCACUCUCACUGA